UUUGUCAUACCUUCACUUGUCUGCAGACAUAAAAGAGCAGGUGAUGUACUACUGCUGGGUGAAUCACACAACACUGAGCAAACCAAUCACGGUUAUCAUGUCCUCUACUGAGUGCACUGAGAGAGAAGUGGAAUUUACGGGUAUGAAUUUUUAAUCUGAUUUUAUUUCAAUAUUUCGAGGUAGUUUUAAUUUGUAUAAUAAUAAUUGUUCAUUGGUUUAAUAACUUUUAUUGCUGCCCCACCUAUGGUAUCCAAUUAAGAAUAAAGAGUGUGCCUCGUACUAUUGAUAUCUUUACAGGUUUAGUUGUUCGUUUUAUAGUCGUUGGGACCCUCUUUGGCUUGUUGAUUGCCACUGCUAUGUUCAUCGAAAUUUACUUUCAAUACCUCAAUAAAACCAGACUGACUUCAUUAUGAUUUCCUCCGAAAAGUGGUGUAUUGUGUAAUAUGUUGCUUUCUUUACUGCCAUACAAAGAUUUUCCUUUUUUCCUUUUUUUUACUCCAAUACAUUUUCUGUUCGGCAUUUUCGUUGUGUGUGUUAUCGGAAUUUUGUAUGUAGCAGCAGUGAGCUUCGUAUUACAUUCCGGCCCCUCUGUUCAUGAACGUAAUGUGUGAGUAACUGUGCGUGUACGUGCAUGCAUGUAAAAAGUCCAGUAAGAAACGUUAACACAGUCACUAGUUUACGCAAGUCUGCUAUUGCACAAAAUAUCUUCAUAAACAAAGCUGACGUCAAAUCAAGGAGACUGGCACACAGACAAUGAUGUCAAUUUGUCAAAAUCUCCGUUUGCCCCGUCCACACAACACGGAGAACGGAGUUUUACAAAAUCUUUACAUUAGAAGGAGUUUUCCAAAAGCUCCGUUUUCAACGACCUCAAACUGCAUUAGCAUGUGGACGAAAGGCCAAAACGCAGAGAAAAUCUCCCUUCUUAAAAAUCCCCGAUGCACAUGUAUGGAAACACUGAUACUGUACACUUCAUUACAAUACAGUUCUAAAGGCCUAUUUUUUCUUUCAUGCAAGUCUUAUUUUUUUGGUGGUGCAUUUAUUGAGAAGUUUAAGAAAGAAAGCAAUACAGAAUAAAAUUCAUGAUUCUCCAAAUUAUUACAGUCUUGCUUUUUUUUUAUUAAUUUACUUCUGCUUUUACUUUCCAUACUUGAAUACAUUCAUGAAAAUACAGUAGAAAAAUGAUACAGUAGUAAUAGUUAAAGUCAACCAUUAUAAUUCUACUUGAGUAAAAGUCUUAAAGUAUCUGAAAUAAACUGUACUUAAGUAUCAAAAGUUACUACUUUACUACUUAACUUUUGAUACAGUUUAUUUCAGAUACUUUAAGACUUUUACUCAAGUAGAAUUAUAAUGGUUGACUUUUACUUGAGUCAUUUUCUACCAAAAUACCUGUACUUUUACUCAAGUGUGGCCUUUGGGUACUUUAUACAACACUGAUUGUAUGUAUGCUCACAGUGUGUGUGGUUCUGGUAUGAGUAAAUCGGGUAGAAAAAUGGUACUUUAUGAAUUACAUUAUAAAGAGUGUUUUUGCUUUUGUCACUUGUAAUUCUGUGUAAUUCUGUGAUGAAAUACUGUUGCCUGUGUUUGCUGUAUUCCUGUACAGGAAGCACCAUUUCCUAGGUUGGUUUCUUCAGAAAGUAGAACUGAACUGAUUAAAUUUAUUUAUUUAUUUAUUUAUUUAUUUAUUUAUUUAUUUAUUUAUUUAUUUAUUUUUCCUUGAUUGUGUGUAUCUGUGUUUACAAGAAGUCUCAAUCUAUAUAUGCUAACUAAAUACUGCCAAAUUUGUCCUUUAGAGAUUUGAAACCCUAACCAUAAUCUUUAGGCAAUCUUGCUAACCUGGAAUGAUGUUGUAAUUACUGGAAAGCAACUGAUGUAAUGUAACUGUGUGUGUGUGUGUAUGUGUGUGUCUAUAUAUAGGAUACAUGUUAAAUACACACAACGCAUUUGUGAGAAAUUGUUUAAAACCUUUUGUAGACAUGUUUUCAGGGCAGCUCUUGUGCUUUCUUCUAGCUCUUCUUGUUUGCUGCUCUACAAACACUGGUGCAGAGACCAUUACAGUGUCUAGUGGAGAUUCCGUCUUUCUACCAUGUCCUUUAGUGUUCAAGCACAGUAACAGGACCAGAGUUGAGUGGAAGAAGGAUGGAAGGAGUUUAUGUAUAUAUUUUAUUAAACAUACUAAAAUUGAUGUCUUUAAAUGUAAACCUCAGUUUAAAGUAAAUACAGAACCUUCAGGGCUGAAUAUAACAGGUGUUGAAAGCAGUGAUGCUGGUGUUUAUACAUAUUUGACGAACAAAUUAAUACCACCACCAACAGAGAACAAUUCUACAACUGUGAGGCUUAAAGUUAAAGUUGCACCAUCUCUCACCCUGCAGCUGAUGAACAGCACUAACUCCUUCUGUGUGGAGCUGCUCUGUUCUCUGCAGGGUUUGGAACCACAGCAGGUGAACUUCACAUGGAUCAGAGCAGCUCAGCUUCUUCACCAUCAUGAGUCCAGCAAUAUGAGCAGCUUUCUGAAGCUGUGCAAGCCAAACUGGACAGAAGGAGAAACACUCACUUGUCGUGCCCUUUACUCAAUCAAUCACACACUCUAUAUGAAGAGCAUCACACUCCAAAAAGGUUCUAUCAGUACUGAUAUCUUUACAGGGUCAGCUGUGCGAUUUAUUGUCACUGGGACCCUUUUGGGCUUAAUGAUUGGCACUGCUUUGUUUAUCGAGGUUUACUACCAAUGUCGCAUUGUCCGUGGUGGCCAGUCUACUGCUGAUGGGAAUGAUAUAUCCUAAACUUGUCUCUACGACUCAGGUCUAGUUCUUCAACAGUGCAAAGUGAAACAAACGUAUCUGAUACCAAGAAUGAAGUUUUAAUGACGUGUAAAUGAAAGUGCUAUUACUAUUGAGUAACAUGAAAUAUUACACCUCCCUGCCAGCAGAGGUCGCAAUCGCCCAAAUUCUAGUUCGACCUCUUCCAGCCACUUCCACAUCACAGUGUACAGUUUGAACCCAGUAAAUUCAGCAACACAUGAUUUGCUGAAGGAAUUAUGAGCCUUUAAGUUCUGCUGAUUUUCUAUUUUGUUUAUAUGCACCCUCAGUUUAUUCAUGAGCUUUCUCUUUAACAUGGUUAUACUGUGUGUUCUUGUGUUUUCUCUGUUUUGGUUGAUUUUAACUUUGUAUGUGUCUCCUUUAUAAUAAAGUGCUUCUCAGUGUAAUCUCUAAUCUAGACUAAUCUCAGUCUAAUCUCUGAAUCUCUGAAUCUAAUGAAGGUUUGGGAAUAUAAAGACACCUAUCACAUAUUAAAUGAGAUUAUUAAAUAGAUUUCUAACCCCAGAUCAACCAGAAAUACAGAAAAUCAUCUGCUUGCUAAGCAAAAUAUGAUGGUGACCUUCCUUGAACAAUUUAUCACAUAGCAGUGAACCUUCUCACUUGCCACAAUGUCCCUUGUUCCACAUCAUCAUUACACUCAUCACAUAUCUGCCAGUAUGACAAGGUUUCUCUACUACGAAAUGUUUUUCCCAUCCAUCUGAAGCUCUUUUAGUCAGUUGUGCAUGAGGAGUAGUCAACAGACCUGUGAAUUGGUGCGUGUCUGAUUACAAUGGACAGAUCCAAGACUAAAUUUUCAAAUGGACAAGACAUGAAGACUGCAUUCACAGCCAUGAUCACUCCAGAUUGUCUGGUUGUUCACCAGGGACCUUCACCUCAGAUAAAGUCCAGUAUUAAAGCACCUUGAACUAGC